AUGUGAAAGUGAAUAAUGGCAAUGCAACACCACUUUCAUGCAUCUAAAUUUGGCUCUCAUAGAAUAUAUAUGACCCAAUCCUCCGGUGACCGGAAGGACGGUUUGCAGGAGGUUACAAUCCCGCCAGGCAGACCCCCGGCUGAAGAAUUUGGGCCGCUUGCAUCGGUAUUCCGGCGACGGCUCCUAACUGGUCUUGGGUCAGCUUCUCUAGUUGCUGUUGGGGCUAAUUUUGCGGGAAUCACCAGUUCCCUUCUGGGGUUUUCGCCGGAAACUGGCCGGAAUCUUAAACUCGAUGUGCUUUAUCCAAUCAGAGGCUACAGCCGGUGCAUUGAAACCAAUGAGGGAUUUGAGUUCAUAUACCCUGCGAAAUGGGUUGGGGAUCAGACCCUUUUGUAUCGAGCCGUGGGCAAGGCGGAGCUGGAGAGAUCACUGGAUCCACCUCCCCUAAACAUUACAAAAUCCAGUGAUCGGCACCGCCGGAGUAUAAGUGAACCAGUUGUCGCGUUUGGGCCACCAGGUUCAACCGGUGAGCUCAAUGUGAGUGUCAUUGUUUCACCAGUACCUCUUGAUUUCUCAAUUGAAGCAUUUGGAGGGCCGAGGGAGGUGGGAGAGGCAGUGGUUCGAACCAUCACCGGAUCCAGCCAACGCCCUGAUGUGAAAGGAACCCUGAUAGGAUCAAAACUAAGAGAGGAUACUAUUAAGAAUGUCAAGUACUAUGAGCUUGAAUUCAGAGUUGAGAGCCCCUCAUUUCGGAGGCAUAACAUCGCUGUUUGCUGCACAAGGGGUGGAAAGUUAUUCACUCUAAACGCACAGGCACCGGAAUCAAAAUGGCCGGAGGUGAAACCGGACUUCUACACAAUUGCUGAUUCUUUUAGCCUCACUUCCUGAUAAUGUCGGUUUUUUCGAACAGGAAGAGAAAGCUACAAGAUUUUCAUGAAAUGGGAUCCUGAAGUGUUAAAUCAAACAGCUUGAAAUCUGCAAGCUUGGGACAUUUACAUCUAAAUAUAUUUGUACAAUAGGGGCAUAGUUAAGCGCAUGUUUAAAAUUAAAUUCUGUACCUAAGUUACAAGAAUACUGUACACUAAUUCAAGCACAAGUGACCUGCCUUCGUCUAA